AUGUCGUAUUGGGCGACGUCCGAAGGCCGGGCAUUGAGUGCUGGUCAUACAAGCCGUCUAUCGUGGUGUAUGCGGUCAGGUGCAAUGGCGAUUUCGCGCUCAGCCAUGACGCAAACGGAGUUAUUGCGCGACCGAAUUGUCGAUGUUGGCGAAGGGGUAGUGGCAAACUUCUUUGAGCAACUCUUGGCGCGGCUGGAACAGCAUGGAAUUCGACGAUGCCUUCAUGACGAUAAGGAAACUUAUGAGGACGGAACGAAUAAUGGUGACAAGAAUCUUCAUCAUAGCAUUUCCCUUUCGGAUGAAUGCUCCAUGGCUUCGUCCUUACGGCCGUCCGUCAAACAACGAAUGGAGGACGCACGGGAACCGUACUACUACGUGUGUGUUCCAUGUGAACUGCAACUGACAGAAACUUCGACAUCUGCUGCUACUCUCGCAAUGCUCCAAGAUGUACAUUACCAUUGCUCUUCUGCCGAACAUCGUAGGAUUGCGUCGUGGAUGGGCGAACCUGACAUUGACCGUACCCUACAAAACUCGGCGAAGAUAGAUCCGACGGGGUAUGCUUGGAUUCAUGUGAAUGGCAUUCCUAUGCUGAUUCCUAGACGCCCGGGAGGAGGGGAUAUGUUUUUUCCGCUUCCUCAUGAAGCGCACGAUCAAGAGCGAAUUGCACCUUCAGGAAUGGAUGGACUGUUGUUUGCCACCCAACAGCAUACAGAAGUCUGGAACCGUCCUUUACGGUCGAUAUAUACUGGAACGAAACAGUUUUUGUAUAGUGUCGAUAAUAAUCGAAGAAUAUGCAAAAAGAAAUGGAAAACACUAAAACGGCGUCGGAAUCGCUUUGUUUUACAACAUAUCCCUUUGGAUGUGUACACGACAGGUACCUUUGUCGGGGACGCAACGGUGCCGGCGCUCUUUGAGAUCACUCAGCAACGCUUGCCAAAGAAGGCUCAAUAUGGCGCAGAAACCACGGGGUAUCGAAUGAAAUAUGUUGUUUCCGAUAAGCCUUGUAUGGUUUGGAACGAUGCCAUGGAAACUGGAUUGAGUUCUUUUGUUGUACGAAAUAACGGCAUUUAUCGUGUUUCUUUGCUGUGUGCAGGUGAUGCGGCAAAAUGGGCGUCUCAAGGACCUCCACCAGCUGGUUCAACUCAGGACGCCCACACAGGUGGUGAAGGCCACAGUCAGAUGCUAACAGUCGAGGCACUCAUUCAACUUCGCGCAGCAUCGACGGUUGGCCGGAAUUUUCACGUUUUGAGUACCUCAGAAUUGGACGCAAGUGAUUCACUUACUCACUCAGAGGUUACCUCUUAUGUGAGCAGCUGA